CGCUGCGCCACAACGCGGACCCCGAGGUUUCCCUUGCUCCAGCUCCUCCAGAUAUUUUCCUCCUCUUCGCUUCGUUCCCCUCUCCUCUCCUGCUCCGAGGACGGGGAGUAAGUAACGGACGCAAGGGCGGACGGCGGAAGAGAUGUCUCCCGACGCGGACGGCGGGGAGGCUGCGGCUGCGGCGGCGGCGGUGGAGAAGGGGAGCGGCGGCGGCGGAGGAGAAGUUGAAGGAGGAGGGGGAGGAGUAGCAGCGGGAGGGGGAGCGGCGCGCGGAGUGAUCCGGUGGGACGAGAUCCUGCCGCGGAGGUCGCUGCGGGUGCUGCUCGUCGAGCACGACGACUCCACCCGCCAGGUCGUCACCGCGCUCCUCCGCAAGUGCGGCUACCGCGUGGCGGCGGUGGCGGACGGGAUGAAGGCGUGGGAGGUGAUGAGGGGCAGGGCCUACGCCUUCGACCUCGUGCUCACCGAGGUCGACAUGCCCACGCUCUCCGGCAUCGACCUGCUCGCCAGGAUCGUCGCCGCGCACGAGUGCAAGAACAUCCCCGUCAUAAUGAUGUCGUCCCAAGAUUCCAUCGGCACAGUGCUCAGGUGCAUGCAAAAUGGUGCAGUGGACUUCCUUGUGAAACCAGUGAGAAAGAAUGAACUCCGUAACUUAUGGCAACAUGUGUGGAGACGGCACUCGAUGAAUACCCAAACAAAUGCAUCAGAAAACAAUGCGGCCAGCAACCAUAUAAGUGCCAAUUCUGGUAAUAGGUCAAAGACAGGAGAUAACAGCGACGAAGAAAGUGAUGCCCAGAGCUCUGGUAGCAAAAGGGAGACUGAAAUUCAGAGUGUUGAGAAAUUACCUGAGACUGUCACAGAAAAUGGGGCUAGCUCAUCCAGGGAACUUACAAUACAGAAUGGGCCUUUUGAUAGAGUGACGACAAAGGCACAUGCAUUCAACAUUAAUGUUGAUCCCCCAAGUGGAAAUGUGUGUGAAACUGGUGAACUGCAAGUGUUUUCAGCUGAGAAGAAAUUACGUUCCAAGUGUCUUAAUGGUAUUACUUCUGCAAAGGUUGCUGGGCAGAUUAUGGAUAAUGCCUUGAGGAUUGCUGAUGCAAGUUCGUGUCGUCCAACUGAUCCAGGCAAGGAUCUUUUGGCUGCUGCCCCAUCAACAGCUGGCAAAAAAGGCAACUCACCAGCCAUAGAGAAUAGUGCUGUCAACCCUGCCAUGGAAAAUACCCCUCAUGAAAGGUCAAAGGGCACUGCAAUUGGCCGCGCUGAGUCUUGCCCCCCUCGCUCUCUAGAGAUCAACCUAGAAAAGCAGCCUCUGUUUAACUCUAAUGGUUACGCGAACCAAGAAUUCAAGGACAAGGAUAACUUCCGUCACUCAAAUUCCUCUGCCUUUUCAAGGUAUGGUAAUAAAAGGAUAGAAUCAUCAGUGCAACAGCUGUUUCCCCCCUCCCUCCACUUAAGUCAUCACGAACCUGUUUGUGACAAGAAUAUCCAACCUGGUGGGGCCUUGUCUUCCCGUGAACAUAAUACAUGGAAGAGUGCAGUGCAGGCUAAGGUUCCUUUGGACAGUUGCACAGAGCGUGUUGCCAUCCUGAGUUCUAGUAGUGCAAGAGAAGAUGCUGGCCCAAGCAGCUCCUCUCCUAGAACUGAGAUUUUAAAUCAUCCUCCAUAUGGGUUUAUACCUGUUCCAAUUCCUGUUGGUGCUGCUAUACCAUAUCACUAUGGAGCAAUUAUGCAACCAAUAUACUACCCACAGGCUCCUUUUAUGCAACAUGAUCCAUCUGCCAUCAACCAGAUGGCAAUUCAGCAUGCAUCUUUUCACUCUAAUUAUCAUCAAAGUCUUGGUAAACCUUCAGAGGUUGUUGAACACAGACAGCUGGAAGAAAAUCAGCUGUUGCAUCAUCAUUCAAGAAAAAUUCUCAGAGAAUCAGAACCGAUUGACUUGUCAAGACCUGAGAAUGCUAACCCGAGUACUAGCUGUAGCCAGGAUCUUCGCAGAGGAAGCGGGUGGACAGUGAGCGGUGAAACCGAUAUGAACACAAAUACGAUAAUUGCCAUGGAAAGCGGCAACGAUAGCGGCAUCCAGAACUUCAGUAACAACGGAUUGGAUAUUGACCGGUCUCGCCGUGAAGCUGCCUUGAUGAAAUUCCGUAUGAAAAGAAAAGAUAGAUGCUAUGAGAAAAAGGUCAGAUAUCACAGCAGGAAGAAGCUUGCAGAGCAAAGACCUAGAAUCAAAGGGCAGUUUGUGAGCCAAAAGCUCAAGUCAGAUACAGCAACGCCAACAACAACAGAAGACGUGGAAACUGACUAGUAGUAAAGUUUUGUUAAUCCAUGACGACUCUGCUUCUGAUACUUCCCUUCCCAGGUGAGGGAAGGAAGGGCAAUUUGGAAAGUGUAGUAACUGGUAAGAGUGAAAGGCUGGCAAAAGUUUUCCUUCCAGGGCUUAGCCUUCUGUACAAGUGUUAAUUAAUCGUACCCUUUUGUCGGUUGUUUAUUGACAUCCUUUGCCUUGCCAUAUAGUAUUCUGUAAAGCGCGUAGAACUGAACAAUGCUCAGGGAUUAUAGGAAACCAAUGCAGAUAUCGAGGUUUUGCUGACUUA